CGGCCCGCCGCCGCGGCGCCGCGGCCGGGGCGCGCCGGUGGCCCCGCCGCCCCAGCGGAGGCGCUCGGGCUGCUGCUGGCGGCGCCGCUCGGCGCCUGUCCGCCGGGCGAGGCGGAGGCGCCCGAGGGCCUGUGCGGGGCUGCGCGCGGGGCCGGGUGCCCCGCCGCUGAGCAGGCCCCAAGGCCGGGUCUGGGCGCGUCCCCGGCGCUCCGCGUGCGGAACACGUUCGUGGACGCGCCCCUGCAGAGGUCCCCCUCCCUGGACCGCUUCUUCGAGCCGCGCGCGUGCAGCUCCAUGCCGCCGACGCCCCAGGGGCGCCUGGGCCGCCCGCAGAUGGCCGUGACGUCCCUGGACGAAGACAUGAUCAACACUCCCGCGGACAGGAUGCCCGCCUACAUGAUCAGCACCCCGACGGACAGCGUCCUGGACGGCAUGUUCCCCACCCCGAGGGGCGAGUCGCUGUCCUGGCCGCGCCCGGCCUCACCGAUGCUGCAGAUGGGGCGCCUGCACCAAGCCGGCCCCCUCCGUCUCAGCCUCUCGGACGCCAUCGGAACGUUCUCCGACCCGCCGCUGGGCGCGGCGGCGCCGACCGCUGCGCCGACGGCCGUACCGGCCCUGCAGGAGAUCAUCGGGUCGGGCCGUUCGCUUGGUCAGGACGCGCUGCCGAGCCGCGGCUCUGCGCUUCACCGGUACGGUGCCUGCAAGCCGUGCGCUUUCAUCUACCGAGAGGGGUGCAAGGGUGGCGUCGAUUGCCAGUUCUGUCACCUAUGUGAGCCUGGCGAGCGCAAGGCGCGCAAGAAGGAGCGGCUGGCCGUGAAGCGCGACACAAUGGGGGAGACGCGUCGCGACCAGCCGUCUUUGAGGCGGGGGCGGCUCGGCGGCUGCUAAGGUGGCCGCGCGGAAGGGGGGAGGGUGUGGAAAUGAGAGCAGUCUCGCGGGGCUGCCUGUCACACUGUGCGCGGCGUGCACGCAAGCGGUCCUCCGAAGCAGGACGAGACUGCGUGCGAAUUUAGAAUUCAGGUGGAUUUUCCAUGCUCUUCUCUGCCCCUCCCUUUUCCCUUCUAGGUAAGGUCUCCACGCCCGUCUCCGAUCUUGAAGAUCCUGCACUAUCGUCUUUUGAAUUCUUGCGAGAGUGUUUCGCUGCGGGCAAACGGGCUUCGCGAUGCCACGCCCGCGCGUUCCUGCGGCAGGAGUCCUGC